CCGAGUUUUUGAACAGGCGAGGCGGUUGGAGCGGCGAUGCUAAAAACACUGAAACGCUAAACUACUGAACUACUGAAAUAGUGAAAUAACAGCGGGCAAUUCUCCCCGAGACCGCCAGACGAACAUCUCUAACGAAGAGCCAUGGCUGCUAGAGGUCAGCAGCCUCUGAUGAGACCGGACAGAGCUCCACUGCGAGAUGUGCAGAAUGAAGAAAAGCAGAAAACGGCAGGUGUCAAAGCUGCAUUGUUGGGACACAAGAACCCUGCGCGAGAGGUUGAAAAUGUGAGCCCUUUCUCUGGUCCGAAAGCUGAUGGCACCUUCAUCACCAGCAUUUCUUCAAACAGAAGUGAAGAGGGUGCAGUGGGAAAUGUCACAUUGAAGUCCUUCUUGUGUGCAGGAGGGGAAGUUGAAAUUUCAGAAGGGUCUGAAAUGUCGGAUGAAAGCAUUCUCGUUAGAGCUCUAAUGCUGGAAGAUGGUCCACAGACGCUUAACAACACAACUGUAACGUAUCCAGACAGUAAUGAGGCUGUGCUUUCCAACAGAGAGCAUGUUGACCAUCCAUACUGUACUCACCCGUCUGAUGAGCCUAGCUGUGCAAAUAUGAUGCAGGAUGGAAAGUUGAAUGGGGCUGAUGAGGUUUGCUCUGUAAAUCGUGCUGCCAGCCUUAAAAAUGCUGACAUUUCUGAAGUUUCAUCUCAAGAAAUGAAGUCAUCAACUAAUGAACAAGCAGACAUCACCUUUAAGUCCUUCACUUGUCCAGGAGGAGAGAUUGAGGUUGCAGAUGGCUUGAUCAUGCAGGACUCAAUUAUGCUGGACGACAUGCCACUGGAAGGUCCUUCUCAGAGUUUUAGAGAUGAAAGUGAAAUAUCUGAAGACCACGCUAAGCUUUUAGUGUCCCCCUGCCAUCAUGUUGAUCAUCCCUACUGUCAUUAUGAGGUGGAUUCAUCUGCUUCUAGAGGUGAUGACUGUAUCUGCACAUCUGUUGAGAACCUGGAUGCUGUUGUCAGUAACGCUGAGCUUGACAAUCUUUCUAGCGCAGAUACCUCAAUGGCUCUGAGCCAGUUGGUGGAGGAACCUGGAGAUCUGACAUUUAGAUCAUUAACCUUCCCUGGAGCGGAGGUUGAGAUUGAGAAUACGCAUGACAUGUCUGUAAUAUCUAUGCUUAUGAACAACUUGACUUUAGAUGGUUACCUCCAACCAUUCUCCUGUAGCUUUAGUGAACACGAUGGAGAAAAUAAUGCAGCAUUGACCUCUAAUAGCGAACAUGCUGACCACCUUUAUUGUUGUGUUGAAGAUGCUGAUGUAUGUGGAGAUGGAUCCACCAACCCAUUAGUCCCAGAUCCAAUCAUCUGUGAGAGUAAAGCUCACUCAAGUUCACAGCUUUCUUCUACUGGUCUUUUGGAAAGCUCUGAAACUGCAGCUCAAGUGAUGUCCAGUCUUGGAACUGAUGGAUCCCCAAGUUUAAAGCCUAGAUUGGCCUUGCCCAUUUCAGAGAAUUCUUUAGUUCUAGAGGAGCUGAUUGCAAGCAUAGAGAAGUCAGAUUGGAGCCAUAACCUGUUACACCAUUGUGAGAAUAACUUGGAUUCAAAAGUAAAUUCAGAUGUCAUACACUAUCAAGGUGACCUUGAUCAGCAAUCAACCUCUAAUCAUGAGGAAAACAAAGCCAAGGAGGAUCUCACAGCCAUGAAUGGUCUUCUUAUGCAUGAUCAUGAUCAUGUUGACGUGCUGUCUGAAAUCGGCCAGUUUUCAUCAGAUAAUGAAGAUCUGUUCUCAGAUGUUGGUGAACAUGCCAAGUCAUAUUCUUCCCAAGCCAACAUUAGCACAUCUGUUGAAAAUUCUGGGAGAGAAUCUGUAAAUGUUGAUGCCCAAAUCCAACCUUUAUCUCUACAACACCACUGCAGUGAAAAUGAAGUAGAAAGUUCAAAAGUCCUACAGUGUCAAGAAAACAACCAGCAAUGCCUCCCUGGUAAUAAAGAAAACAAUGCGAGUGAUGAUUCUCCUGCCUUGAGCGGUAUUCUUUCAGAGGUUGGUAAUAUUGACAAUUCUGCUGAGAACUUUGAGGCUAAAUCUGCCCAAAUUCAAAGUUCAUUGCUAAAUUGCAAUGAAGCCAAGGUAGAAAGCUCUAAAGUGUUAGUGCCUCAAGACGACAUUGUCCAUCAAACAAAACCAAACGAACCCAAGGGUGACUUAACAGCCAUUGCUGGUCCUUUUACACAUCCCUCUGUUGAAGUGCAGUCUGAUCUCUCAGUCAGUCGGUCUUCAUCAGAAAAGGAAGCAAAUUCGCCUUCCAAGUUCUCGUACCCUCAAGCUAAUGUUAGUAUGCUGGGCCAAAACACUGCAUCAUCAUUCAACAAACGUAAUUUUGGCAUUAAGGCUGAAAGUAGAAACGUCAAUGACCAGAGCCAGCACACAUCUCUGCUAAACAGCAAUAAAGAAGACGAGGUAGGAGAUUCAUCAAAAGGCUUGCAAGGUCAAGACAACAUCAACCAGCAAACCCUCUCAGAUAAUGAAGAAAAGAAUGUGCUGGCCCAAAACGUUGAGUCUUAUUCCCAAGCUGCUGUUGGCAUGUCUGCUGGGAAUUUUAGGGCUGAAUGUGGAGAUGUUGGUGCCCAGAACAUGCCAGCUCAGCAUAACGAUGUGGAUUUGGAAGCCAGUGUGGUGCAGGACAGUGCUCUGGGAUUGAGUGGCAUCCACUCUGGUUCUGAAAUCCUGCGUGCUGAAAGCGUUCAUGAGUGUCACACUGAUGCCAUGCCUCUACACACACAGCUGUGGAGCGCUUUGACCUUGUGUGACCCCUCAACUCCCAGAAACGCGGCUCUUGGUAGGAGCGUCCUGCAGGGUCACGUUGAGGGAAACCUGGAGAGCCGUCUGUGGCCUGAGCUCCCUGAAAGCCCUAUCCCUCCACCACAGCUGAACUCUACAACUUUACCCCAAGCUCUUACACCUUUGCAUCCCCGUAAACCCAGAGAAGCUCGGAUCAAAGCAGCUAUGAUGCCAAACGAGAAAGCCCCAGUGGUGGAUUUUUCCACGAUGAGUAAAGGCCCCUUGCAGCAGCAGCUCAGACAGAUGGCAGAGCUGCUCAUUUUGGCUUCAGGGAAAAUCGCAGCUCCUUCCACACCAGCACCGGUGCAGCAUCACACUGCUGAGAUGGCCACCACUCCAGUGCAGCACCGCAGCGCUGCUGUGUGGACCACACCCGUAUUGACAGCCGAACGAAGCGUAAACACUUCGGCCCAGGUGGAGCUGGUGAAAGAGACCGAGGUGUCUGAUGCAUGCACCUCCACCGACUCCCUUCUGUGGAGUGUCAGCCCAAGCAGUCUGCAGUCUUUGUCCAGGCCAGAGUUGGAGCAGAAGUUAUUGUCCACCUUAAUCAUGGUGGAGGUUCUGUCCCAGCAGCUUUCCUCUGCAAAAUCUCAUACAGGUGGGACGGGCCCUGCUCCAUCUGAGCUCAGAGACAGGCUUGUCCAGACUGAACACACACAGCUCAGCCAGAUGGGACCAUAUAAGGAGCUGUAUGUAAGUGCAGUAGAGCGGAUCCACGUUCUGGAGGAAGACCAGGACACGCUCCAGAGUUUAUAUCAGGCCAUGCAGCAGACGAGGAACACUAUGACCGCUGUUAAGACCGACACGGAGGAGGCUCUAGGUAGUUUGAAGCAGAUUGAAAGCAUCGUUAAUGAAGAUCUGGAAAUUUUGUGCAAGCAGAUGAGUGAGGUGAAGGCUCUGUAUGGCAGGUGUAUGGGCGCUCUGAAGAGGAUGGAAGAGAAGUGUAAAGCCUGCCUGCAGGAAAGGGAUGGUAUGAGACGAGGCAUGGAGGAGGCUGUUCAGGAGAAAGAAACGGUUUUGCGGGUGUUGGAACAGUUGCGUGCCCAUCACUCUGCACAAGUUUCUGAUCUUCAGCGCAGUCUUGGAUCCCAGCAAGAGCUCACUACUGCUCUCACACACACCUACCCUCAGCUGGUUGAACUGAACCGGUCGUAUGUGGAGUCCCUCUCUGCUGCCAGUGCCCUGCUAAGAGAGAAACUAGAUGAUGAUGAGCACUUAUCAGCCGAGCUUCAUAAAGCUCACUGGCUCCUUCAGAAGACAAACCCAGUUCUACAGAAGCUCCAGCAGAGGGCGUCGGCUGCUGUAGAGCAGAGCCAGCUGUUCCAGACUGAGAGAGACAUAGCCGUAGAGGAAAAAGCUCAGAUGGAGGUUGAACUGGAGCAAGCCCAUGCUGGCCUGCAAACCGCUGAGCAGCAGAUUGCGGACCUGAACACUCAGAUAACGAUCAUGAAUUCAGAAAUGACCGUUCUCCGGGAGCAGUUGAGUGAGGUCGAGGAAGAGCGUGCUCAGCUGCAGAGGAAAAGUACAGAGCUUUCAGCGACCGUCUCUUCCUCACUGGCCUCCUACGCCUUCCUGGAGCAGGCUUUAGCCUCAGAGACCAACAAAUUGCAGCGUUCCCUGCACGAAACCCAGGAAUCCAUAGACCGAGCUGACGGUCUGCAAGCUGAUCUAGAGGUGUCCCAGCGGCGGGUGGAGGAGCUGGAGGAGGUUUUAGCACAGAGAGACACCUUGCUGACUGAACUGCACGAAGAGGCUGAAAAUCAGCGCUUGCAGCUCCGCCGACUCACUCAGAUACAGGCUGAACUCUCCAGCGCUCGAGAGAUGGGCGACUUCCUGCAGGCGGAGAACGAGCUGACUCGGGAGCAGCUGACUGAGAGCGAGGGUUUGCUGCGCUCGCAUCUGCAGGGUCUCCGGGAAAGGAACCUGGAGUGUGAGGACCUCAGACUAACUCUACAGCAGCUUCGUGUUGAGAGGAGUUCCCUGCAGGAGGAACUGGACAGUACACGUGAUAAAGCUCGUGUUAUGCUGCUGGAGCAGGGGGAGCAGCUGGCUCAGGCUACACUUGAUGUUUCCCUUCUACAGCACAGAGUGCGCUGUCUGACCAGCAGCACACACGCUGCUGCCACUGCCAAGAGCACUGAAGCUCCCGGCCAGGAUGAGCUGCAACAGCAGCUCCAGCCACCCCGGCAGCCAUGCGGCUCUUUUGUCAGCUCAGUCAUGCUGGCCCUGACUGAAGAACCUGAGGCUGAUGCAGCUCCUGAUCCAGCAGCAGUGUGUCCUGCAGAGGAGGAGAGCACGAUGGAGGGAAUUGGCAGCAAAAGCAGUGCCUUCACCCGUUUACCCCCAACUGCCCUUCAGCAUGCUGAUGAGAACAGCCAAAGUACUACUCUGGUGGAGCUGUUGGCUAGUCUUGGUGACAGCAUGUCAGAGCUCCAGUCAGCCAUUGAGCAGCUGAAACAGCACAAAGACUCCGAACUAAACAGCCUGCAAAGCAACAUUCGUGGCUUGCAAGAGGCGCUGCAGGUAGAGUUUGACAGGCACAGGGUGGAGGAGGCGGAGCUAAGGCAACAGGUGGGCCGACUGAAGGCUCAGGCAGAGAAGGAUACGCAGGUGCUGCAGCAGAAAACACAGGAUGAGAAAGCUCUGAGGAAGCUUUGUAGAGAGUUGGAAGAGAACAUGGAGGCAGCGCAGAAACAGAGAGCAGAGAACAGCGAGUUGCGGCGGGAGGGGGCAGAGUUGCGCCGGGCGCUGCAGCAGUCUCAAGUGGAGGUGCAGGCUUUGAGGGCAGAGCUAACGCAAUUAAGUGACCAAUCAACAACCAGCACUAAGGAACUGGAUGACAGGAUUCGUUUACUCAAAGAGGUGGAAAAACUAAAGGCUAAACUCAUGGAAGUGGAAGAAUCUAGAGCUAAACUCCUCGAACGAGCCAAGAGACACCAAAUGGUACACGCCAUGAAUCAGAGUAAACUGGAGCGUGAGCUGCAUCUGUUGGAUGAUAUGAUUGAGACUGCGAGGAAGACUCUGUCCACUGUUCCUGAGGUGGUGAAAAACUGUCCUGAACUUCAGAAACUGGUUGAAUUCCUUGGAUGAGAGCAUCAGUUUGUAGUGGAAUGUCUUCACAUAGCUCUGUUCACUUUUUAUAUGUAUUUGUUAAUGUCUUUAAAAAUGUUGGUUUUCUUAAUUGUAACUAAAAACUUGUGUAUAACACAUUUUUCUUAAUAAAAACUAGAU